AUGGAUUUAUCAAUAGUAGGAGAAGUCAGGAAGUUUCAACUGCUAGAAUUGGAUGAAUUCAAGAGAGAUUCCUAUGAGAAUGCAAAGGCUUAUAAAAGGAAGACCAAAGUUUGGUAUGACAGAAGGAUAAAGCAAAUAACAUUCGAGGCAGGACAAAAAGUGUUGUUAUUCAACUCAAGGUUGAAAUCGUUUCUUGGAAAGCUAAAAUCAAGGUGGUCAGGUCCGUUUAUAGUGGUGAAGGUGUAUCCCUAUGGAGCUGUAACUGUCAAAGAUGAGAACACAGAAAGGGAAUUCACAUUGAAUGGGCAAAGAUUGAAGCACGACUAG